GAACACACGACAGUUAAUUAUUGAUAUUUGCUUUUUUGUGAGACUUUUAUCCGAAUAUUUCUGAAAUUUGUGUGAAAGUUAGAAGAAAAGGUUUUUGUGAAUAUCCAAAAUGGAAAGAAGAAGUACAAGAUUAAAUAACACAGCAAAUCAGAAUACUGAAACAUUUCCUGAAAAUCAGGCUGAACAAUAUAUCAGGUUGAAGAAAGACAAAGACGGUUUUGUUGUAAGAUAUAUAGAUGAUACAAUUGGAAAAGGGGUGUUUGCUGAAAGAUCUUUUAGCAAAGGUGAAUUUCUUUUGGAAUAUGAUGGGGAUCUUGUUUCGAACAAAGAGGGAACUAGGAGAUUGGAGGAACACAGCAAUACCUUUGGCUGCUAUGUGUUUUUUUUCAAGUAUGGAGGCAAAAGUUUAAGCAUAGAUGCUACUUUUUCUAAACAAAUGGGAAGGUUUGUUAAUGAUGGAGUUGGAGCAGAUGAGAAUGCUUUAAUGAAAAGAAUUGUUGUGGAUGGGAGCCCACAUUUAGUUUUAUUUGCCAGAAGGGAUAUAUAUAUAGGAGAUGAAAUCAGAUAUGACUAUGGUGAUGUUAGUCGAAACCUCCCAUGGAGAAAGAGACCACUAACAGAUGAAAAAAAAAAUACGACAUUGAAAGAAUGUUGUGUUUCAAUAAGAAGACUGGAGAUUAAAGAUGAUAGUCAUAAAGUGGCAUGCAAUAGAGAGGCAUAUUCUGACAGUGAUAGUGAUAUUGAGAACUUGACAAGGAAACAUAGAGUUUUGAAACUACCAUCUGAUGAUGAAGAUGAGGAGAAACAAGAAUUAGACCUAAGUAAUGAGAAUAAACAAGUAUUGAAUCAACCACCAGAAGAUGAGGAAGUUGGUAGUAAUAUUGGGGUUAGAGAAGUUUUGAUACAACCAUUAGAAGAUGAGGAAGAGGGCAGUAAUAUUGAGGUUGAAGAAGAAAAAUCUGAAGGGGAAACUGAAAAGCUAUUUGUAUGUGCCCUAUGUGAUAAAAAACUAAGAAGUAGAGAAUCAUUUCUGAGCCAUAUGGGUGUGCAUUUCACUGAUAAUAUUGAAAGAAUAUCACCUGCAUUCAAUGAUACUUCAAUACGCAUACCUGCACAAAAUAAGAUGAAUUGUCAGGAGACAGCCAGUUGCAGUGAAGGACCAAAGAAAGCUAGAGGCAGACCAGUGAAAUCAUCUACUGGAGAAAAAAGCAAAUCAACAAGGUCAAAACCUUACAGACCCUGCCCUUUCUGUGGUCUCCUUAUGGCUAGAUUGUCCAAUCACAUCCUUCGCAAACACAAAGAUAUUCCUGAGGUCAAAGUUUUAAAAAGGCUGCCCCAUCAAGAUCAAGUAAAGCAAAUGGCUAACCUGAGGAAAGAAGGUAUUUGGAAAGCUAAUUUAGACCAGGUGAAAAAAAUGGAGGAUGAAGGAUCUCAAGCAGAAGUAAAAUAUUUUAAAGAGAGGGAGCAUGGAGCAGGUCAACUUGCUUACUGUUCUUUAUGUAAAGGUUUUUUAACAAAGUCUUACUAUAAGAGACACAGAUCCACAUGCACUGCAGUUGAAUCUACAACAACUACAGCGAAAGCCUUAGAUCCAGUGCAUAUUGCAUCUCCAAAGUUUACUUCUUCAUUUAACUUUGAUGUUCUAGCAAAAUUCCAUAAUUCUGAGGUAGGAAAUUUAUGUAGAACAGACAAUCUUAUAACAUCAUUUGGGCUGCAGAUGUAUAGAAAUGUGGAGGCUAAGAAAAGUAAAAAAGAAGAAAAAAGAAAAUCAGUUAUGUCAGAUAUGAGGAGACUGGCACAUUUAUUGUUAGAAUUUAGAAAACAAUGUGAGAUAAAUGGUGAUGCUGAGGCUAAAUCAGCUGUAAACAUGUUUGACAGAGGCAAUUUUCAUUCGUUGGAGUCAUCCAUUUUAGCCCUAACAAUAAAUGAAGAAACUGGGCACACAAAAGCAGGGCUAAAAAUCGGAUAUGGCUAUCUCAUAAAGAGAGUUAUCAAAUAUCUCACUGGAGAAUUUCUCAUCCAAAAAAAAGAUGCUGAAGUUGAUGAGAUUAAGCGCUUCGGAGAUCUAUUGGAAUUUUGCUGGCCAGGUAUAUUUGGGGAUGCAGAAUAUAAAAUAACUGUACUAAGACAGAAAGAAUUGAGGAUGCCAUCUCGCCUUCCAGAUGAGGAUGAUGUUAAGAUGUUGAAAGAAUGGCUGGAAAAUAAAAUUAAAGACAUUAAAACGAAAUUCCAAUUUAUAACUUCUAAUGAAUAUGCUGAGAUUAGAGAUUUACUUGUAUGCAGAUUAACACUAUUUAAUGCUCGAAGAGGAGGCGAACCUGCUAGGCUUUUACUAUCAGAAUGGGAUGAUGCAGAAAAUGGGGUCUGGUUUUCGCAAGAUUCAGUGGAAAAGGUGGAGGACCCCAUUGAGCAAAAAUUAUUAUGUGAAUUAAAGAUUGCAUACCAAGCAGGAAAAAGAAAGCUUGUGUCACUGUUAAUACCCCAGGAUUGUUGGGAUGCCAUUAGAAUCCUUGCAGAUGAAAAAGUUCGAGAUGAUGCCGGCAUUGGGAAAGGAAAUAAAUUUUUAUUUCCCACAACUGCUGGUAAAGAUGAACAUGUAAUUGGAUGGAGUUGUGUAAAAAAAUGUUGCAAAAAAGCCAGACUUAGCAAGGACAUCACUGCUACUGAUAUGCGACACAGGGCUGCAACUUUAUAUGCUGCAAUGGACAUCCCAGAAAAAGAGCGCCGAUUAUUUUAUUUACACAUGGGGCACAGUGCAGACAUGAAUAGAGAUGUAUACCAGUGCCCUGAAUCCGUGAGGAUAACAACAUCUGUUGGGAAAGCUCUUCAAUGUUUAGACAGGGGAAACAUGAAAGCUUCCUCAUCAAAAGUUGCAGAGACUGGUCCAAAAAAUCCAGAAAUUACCUUCUCUCUUAAAGACUUUUUGAAUGAACUGGUGGAUGAUAAUGUUGCAGUAAGGGCAAUAUCAGGAAAAGGAUUGAUAGAGGAAGAUGAAGUAGAACAAAGACCAGAAAAAAUAAGAGCUGCAAGCUGCAUGAAAGAUCUGAUGCUACAAGAUGCAGCAAAAGAAUACUUCACAGAUGAUGCUUGGCUGGCAGCUGAAUCAGUUUUUGAUUUACUUCCAGACUGUAGUGAUGAUGAAUCUGAGAGAUCCCACAUGAUUUUAAAUACAACAGAUGUAAGUGAUAUAAACUUAAGAGAUUGUGAAGAUGAACCAUAUUCUUCAAAUGAUUCUAUGAUAUCUGGUGAUACAGAGGAGCAAGUAGAGAGAAGAACAAACAAAAGGAAAAGUUCAACAUAUGAUGAUAACAAGGCUGCAAAACUUCAGAAAGUUCCAACUGAACCUGAGGCAGAAAAAGGGAAAAGUUCAACAUAUGAUGAUAACAAGGCUGCAAAACUUCAGAAAGUUCCAACUGAACCUGAGGCAGAAAAAGGAACAAAAAGAAAAUAUAAAUUAUGGACUGAAGAGAAUACUAAAGUAGUGGAUGUUUAUUUUAAGAGAUGCAUUACAGAUACAUCUAGCUUGGACAACAAAGGGUCAUUGCCAGGAUCAAAAGAUGUAAGAGAGUUUCUUCAGAAGCAUCCAAUCCUUCAAGAUAUUGAACUUAAAAAAAGGAUAACAGCCAUCAAGACAAAAAUCUUCAAUGAUAGAAAAGUUUACAGAGAAAAAAUUUCAAAGAAACUUAAGAAAACCCUCCAAAGUAUGUGAGCAUUCUGAAUAUCAUGCAUUCCAUAUAAUAGAUUGACUUGUAAUAGGCCUCUUAAUCUGUAA